UUUUUUCACUGGCUUAGACUGCUAGAAGAACCUGACUUGAUCGCAUUGCCCUUUAAAUCUCUCCCACUGCUUCUCCAAACCCUAUUCAGGUAUUCCAGAGACAUGGAGUUAAAGAAUUAUAGCAGCAGCAGCACCUCUGGCUUCAUCCUCUUGGGCCUGUCUUCCAACCCCCAGCUGCAGAAACCCCUAUUUGCCAUUUUCCUCAUCAUGUACUUAGUCACUGUGGUGGGGAAUGUGCUCAUCAUCCUGGCCAUCCACUCAGACUCCAGGCUCCACACCCCUAUGUACUUCUUCCUCAGCAACUUGUCUUUCAUGGAUAUCUGCUUCACAACAGUCAUAGUGCCCAAGAUGCUUGUGAAUUUCCUCUCAGAGACAAAGGCUAUCUCCUAUGUGGGCUGCCUGGUUCAGAUGUACUUCUUCAUGGCCCUUGCAAACACUGACAGCUACCUGCUGGCCUCCAUGGCCAUUGACCGGCUGGUAGCCAUCUGCAAACCAUUCCACUAUGAUGUAGUUAUGAACCCAAGGCGUUGCCUCCUCAUGCUGUUGGGUUCUUGCACUAUAUCCCACCUGCACUCCCUGUUCCGAGUGGUACUCAUGUCUCGCCUGUCCUUCUGUGCCUCCCACAUCAUUCAGCACUUUUUCUGUGAUACUCAGCCUGUGUUAAAGCUGUCCUGCUCUGACACAUCUUCCAGCCAGAUUGUGGUCAUGACUGAGACCCUGGCUGUCAUCGUGACCCCCUUCCUAUGUAUCAUCUUCUCCUACCUGCGAAUCAUUGUCACUGUGCUCAGAAUCCCCUCCACAGCUGGGAAGUGGAAGGCCUUCUCCACCUGUGGCUCCCACCUCACUGUGGUAGUCCUGUUCUAUGGCAGUGUCAUUUAUGUCUAUUUUAGGCCCCUGUCCAUGUACUCAGUGGUGAAGGACCGGGUAGCCACAGUUAUGUACACAGUAGUGACUCCCAUGUUGAACCCUUUCAUCUAUAGCCUGAGGAACAAAGAUAUGAAGAAGGGUUUGAGGAAACUAAGGGACAGAAUUAAUUCAUAG